AGAAGUUGUUCAUCUUCCGGCAACAUUGACAUUCGCAGCACAGCUCUCAUCAUCAUCUCGUCUUCUAAUCAUAGUCAAGUCCAUCUUCUCCAAGUAUACCAACCAGGCUUCUAGUAACUUCGCCUCCCAAAAUCACCAAAAUGCAGUUCUCAAUCCUCAAGCUCGCCGUCGCUGCCCUGGCAAUCUGCAGCGACUCCGUCCUCGGCCAGACGACCCCAGCUCAGGUCGUUCAAAACAUCGACAUGGUCACCAAAAAGUCCAACGAUCUCAUUGCCCCUGCGAAACAGAUCUCUAUCCUCACGGGGCCAUUGAUCAUCGUCGGCCUAGGACCAUACCCAAAAAUCAUCGCGGGCUUCGUAGACAUUGUCAGCACCGUCACCACGGCCCUCGCCCAGAUGCAGGGGAUGCCUCCCGUCCCAGCCGGCCCCCAGUCCGAUGCCAUCUUUGAGGCGUUCCGAGAGUUCGUGCGCAUUCAUCAGAUGCUUCUCAACGUCCUCAUCGGCAAGGCCGGUCUUUUUUCGACCGUUCCAUUGAUCGGUGCGCCCAUCGCUGCCGUCCUCAGAGAGGUGGAGAAUAUUGUCGAUACCGUCGCUUUUGCCCUCAUCGAUGCCGUGCAGAGCAGAGCCACCGAUCUCCAGGUACAGGCCAGCAUGCUCACCGGAACUAUCACCACCACGAUCGACCGCUACCAAGGCCUUCAACUGUAACUCGUCAGAUUAUCUAUGAAUGACUGAAGGGAGUGGAAGGGCUGGUUUGGAACGAGUAGGGCAAGCCUACUUCAUUUCUUGAUGCUGCCAUAAUGGAACGGAGCUUCUCUGCGCUCAGCCACGGGAGCUUGUGUUCAUCGGCAGUGUAAUUUUUCUCUAUUGGUAUUUUCUUUAUUAAUGCAGCAUGGUUUUCGCUCGAGCAGUUGCUUUAACACCAUCCUUAGAAGCGAGAUGACUGCGUUGCCACUGAGCUGGGACUUGAUCAGCCGACACUUAUACAAACUGCUUUCACAUUUUACUAGGUGAUUGGGAAUUGAUAAUCAACCUGGCAGCGUCGUAGUGUAUCGCCGAACAUGAACCUGAAAAUCUGUGAUGAUUGC